GUGGAUACACAACCACCUAUCCUGAUCCCACCACUUCUCAACCUUCUUGUCGAUACAACUGUGGAUACAACAUGGGAAGCUGCUCCUGCUCCACUUCCUGUCAGUGGAAUGGAAACUGCUGCCAUGACUACUACUCAUACUGUGGAUACGCCGACACCACAGCUUAUCCCGAAACACCUCAACCUUCUUGUCGAUACAACUGUGGAUACAACAUGGGAAGCUGCUCCUGCUCCAGUUCCUGUCAGUGGAACGGAAACUGCUGCCAUGACUACUACUCAUACUGUGGAUACACCGACACCACCACUUAUCCCACCACAUCUCAACAGUCAUGUGAAAACAACUGUGGCAGCUACCUGGGAAGCUGCUCCUGCCAAUACUCAUGUCAAUGGAAUGGAAACUGCUGCCAUGACUACUACUCUUACUGUGAAUGGACCACUGAAGUUCCCACCACAGGGCCAUGCGGAGGCUCCCUGUUUGGCUCUGGCACCAUUUCUAGUCCCAACCACCCCGACUACUACAACGACAACUCCUACUGCGUGUGGCAGCUCAGAGCUGCAUACGACCAACGGAUCUUCUUGGCAUUUUCUUACCUACAAUUGGAGAACUGUUGCAGCUGUGACUACAUUUCAAUCUACGACGGACCGUACACUUCCUCACCAUACUUGGGGAAAGUGUGCAACAACAGUCUGAGCACUUUCUACUCCACCUCCAACUACAUGACAGUGAUCUUCCGGUCGGACAGCUCUGUGGUCGGCCGGGGAUUCAGAGCCGAGUUCAUGAGCUCUCUGAAACCCAGCUCAGGUCGUGUUGACUGUUCCUCAGACAACAUGAACAUCGUUAUCAACCUAGCCUACCUGAACUCUCUGGGCUACAACAGCCACAGUUUGUACCUGGACGAUCCGUACUGCAAGCCAAACAUAUCCAGCUACGAGGUGGUCUUCAGUUUCCCCCUCAACUCUUGUGGAACCGUCAAACACUUCAACAGCGGCAGUGUUGUGUACACCAACAAUAUCCGCGGGUUUCCCUCGUCGCAAGGAGAGAUUGUGCGUCAGUCGUACCUGAAGAUGAACGUCAACUGCACCAUGGAGCCGGAUUCUGUCUCCCAGAUCAUGUUUGUUGUGAGUAAUGGGGGUAACAGCAGCAUCACUGGUUCGGGGCGAUACAACACCAGCAUGGCUUUCUACACGUCCAGCAGCUUCUCCUAUAAGGUAACUAAUGUCCCGUAUCAGGUUGCUCUCAACCAGGACUUGUAUGUUCAAGUGGACAUGAGUUCGCAUGACAGUGACCUUGUCCUCUUCCUGGACACCUGCGUGGCCGCCCCAUCGCCCUUCGAUUUCGAAACCAGACCUAAUUACUUAGUGCGAAAUGGAUGCAGUGUUGACAGCACGUAUCGCCCCAUCUCUUCUGGCAGCUGGUACAGGGCCCGUUUUACAUUCAAGGCCUUCAUGUUCCUGCGAGGCACAGACUCUGUGUACCUCCAGUGCAAGGCCCUGAUCUGUCCCGCCUCCGAGAGCAACUCCCGCUGCCGCCGCGGAUGCAGUAGACGUAAGGCCAGGGAGCUGGAGCCCAAACAUGAGAGCCAAACUCUGGUCAUGGGUCCCAUUCAGCUCAAAAAAUCUGAAGAAGAGAAGAAAGAGCCUGAAGAGGCUUAAGUUGUUUCUGCGGAAACCUCAUCCAAUCAACUCUGAGUUCCUUUAAAUGAAAUGCUAGAUUCUACUCAACCUUUCUUUCCUUUCUCUCUCAUUAUCUGAUUAAAUGCAUUAUUGAAAGACAA